AUGUAUCUGCAGUUUGAGGUGGCGCGCAGUCCACGAUUAAGUAGUCUCAUCUGUCACUACGACUACCAAAUAUGCUUUGCCAUUUACGGUCCGCCAUCUGACGAUGCCGAAGAGUUGGAGACUGCUUACAACAGUGACCAGCGUGCUUUUGCCACAAAAAUCUACGACAAAAUACGGGAAACAUAUUUAAAGGCGCCUGAGAGACGCUUCCAACUAGGGUUCAUAUUCAUUUUCUGCAAGGAGGGAGAUAAGGAAUACCAGGUGCCUCUCUUUCGACUUCUCUGGCAAAAGAACGAUUACCGUGACGAUGUUCGAUAUAUCGACACAGCAUGCCGUGUGUACGAAAACGCACAGGAUUGGAAGGACAACAACUGCCUACCGAUGAUGAAAUACUGUUUUCCGGAACGGCUUUACUACACCUGCAACACUGGUGGAGCCUACGAAUUUGACCCGGAAAGACAAACUGACGUAGGAUUCGGCACUUCCCCGGCAUGUGAUCUUUUAGCCCGAAUUGGAAGGAUAGCUGAUGUGACGAUUAGUGUAGUCGCUGCGACGGUAGGAGUGGUGACAAUCUUUACCCCGGUUGGAUUCGUUUCUGCGCCAAUUUUGUUGGGUGUCGCAGGAACAAGUACCGGCUACGGGGUUGGUCGUGCGGCACAGCGACUUAUCGAUAAGGUGAAUCAUGGAGAGAGCAUCACCGACCUUGAAGGCGCUGUGCUUAUCCUUUCGAUUGUUGCUGCACCUCUACAUAUGCUCACUGGGUUUGUGUCAGCCCGACUUGCCGCUGGGGCUGCUUCUGGGCGAAUCUUCUCCCAGAGCCAGCGAAUUCUUGCAACAAUUCUCAUGUUCACGGCAGUCGGCGUCGACAGCUUCUCGUUUAUACUUAACAUAUCGAACCUCGUUGAUAAGCUACGCAAUGAUAGCUUAACAUUUGGGGAUGUGCUGCAAUUUUCCGUUAGCACUCUCUUCUUUACCAACACUCUAAUUCAGCCAAAAACCGCAUGGGGAGUUAUUGAACGAGCUCAGCAGCAAAGAAUCACCGCAAUUGCCAAUAAUAUGACGGACGAACAAGCAAAGAAGGCAUUCCAAUCAUAUCUGGAGCAGAAUAAGGGAGAUGGUUCAAUCAAGGACACAUCGAAAAUUGUGAGGAAUCUGAAUCAUAUGGAGGAUCCGAGCUACUUCUUCAAGUCUGUGAACGAUAUGGAGUCCAUCAAGAUAGCAGGAAGAAAGGGUCGGACAUUACAUUUGACUGAUAAAAGUGGAAGAACCCUCCAAGCAAAUCCGAACAAUCGCAUCGCAUAUUCCACGCAGCAACAGUGGGGUCUGGCCAAAAUACACAAGCAGGGGAAAUUGCGAGCAUGUCUCAAUGGCGACUAUGAGACACACAAAUAUCUCCGAAAUUCGACGGAGCGACAGAUUGGCCGCAUAAACAAGAUUAAAAUGCGAGCAAACGACCAGGUGUUUGGUGGUGCUGCUGGGUACAGCAGAGAUAUUGUCGAAUAUGCAGAACGACUAGCCCAUAGAAUUGGAGUGAAGGAUCCUGAUAGAUUUAUGUCUCUUGUGGAAGUGGUCGCUGCCGAAGUCAAAGGCAAUCAAAAAUUCAACUUCAACGAUAAUGCGACAUUCAAUGAAUUCCAAGGGCGCAUUGAGAUGGAGCUUCCUAUCAUCAAAAAGCUAGCGGCUUCAAGGAAUCUCAAAUUCGCAGAUGAAUACAAAGCACUCUAUCACUAUCGAAAGCACGGCGCAGAAUUUAUGGAAUUGUGCUCUCCACAGUUCUAUCUGGGCGAUUUACCACAAGAUAUCCUGAAGAAUGCAAAACUGACUGAUGUGUGCAACGUGACAUCUGUUGCUCAGGAUGGCUCCAAGGAGAUCUUCACCAGAAAGACCUACUACACUUCUGAUGACAGAUUGAUUGUUCUUCUUGAGAAAGACGGUCUCACCACCAUCAGUACAAUGUUCAGGAAACAAGGAGGAUGGCAGGAAUUUAUGGAUCGAUUUCGAUACACUAAUACACCGUCAGUGGAAAUUGCCAUGCAGAAUUAUGUACGCUCACUUGGUCUCAAUGCCAUUGGAGCACGGCUUCAAACAGAUAAUAUUGCUUGGAAUAAUGAGAAGUGUCGAAGAAUGAUGGCCAUGCUUCUCACUUAUCAUUCCGAUUAUAUGGAGUUUGAUCAGGAUGACUAA